CGGGGGGCCGGGCGGCACAAACCCCCUCAGUCACCGGAUAAGCGGCAGCUGCUCGGCCCCCCGGUGCUAUUUUCACCCUCAGGAUAAAGUGAUGUCCCAGCAGCUCCAGACCGAGCCGAGCCGAGCCAGGAUGAAGUCAGACAGAGCCGCGCAGCCCGAUGGGUUCGCCUCGGACCUGGACGACCUGGACAGCGGCAGUGACAGCUCCACCGGAGGCUGCAGCCCGCAGGAGGUGACGGCAGCAGGAGGAGGAGGAGGAGGUUCUCGCUCCGGAGUACAGAGACGGAGGAGAAGGCGGAGGCGCAGGAGUGGAGGCGGCAGAGGCGGCGGGGACGCACGUCUCCCUGGAGUGAGCCAGCAGAGGCAGGCGGCCAAUGCACGAGAGAGGGACCGGACGCACAGCGUGAACACGGCCUUCACGGCGCUUCGCACGCUCAUCCCCACCGAGCCGGCAGACAGGAAGCUGUCCAAGAUCGAGACGCUCCGCCUGGCCUCCAGCUACAUCUCUCACCUGGCCAACGUCCUGCUGCUGGGGGAGGACUGUCGGGACGGACAGCCCUGCCUCCGCUACCAGAGCAUCCUGCACGGCCCUGCCGCUCUCAGCGCAGCCUCCCUCAGACCCAUCUGCACUUUCUGCCUCAGCAACCAGAGGAAACUGCUCAGAGAUGGAGGGAAACACUCGGCCCUGUAAGGUGGCGCCGCAACGGAACAGACGAGGACUCCACUUCCGUGUUGUUUACAUCUGUAGGACUUUGUACAUAAACAUAAAGUAUUUAUUUUUGGAUUAGACAAGACGACAGAGUUGACACUGAAAAGCACUUUCUGCUCACGUCUGUGUGCCUCUGAACCUCUGUGUUUUGGUUGAGCUGUAACCUGAGCCCGUGUGUAAAGUUGCACCUGACGGGGGGGCUAUUUUGGUCCCCGAAUAGUAUAAACUACCCCCCCCGCCCCUUCCCCAACCACGACCUCAUGUCCAACGCCUAAAAAAAAGCUUUGCCGCCUUCAGUCACAUGAAGGAAACUGAAGAGCAGCUCCUGCAGUAGUUGCUGUCAGUUUAGUGGCGCUAACGCUGUCAGAAAUAUCGCAACCACGUAGAGACCCUUCGAUUUAACUCUCUGUCACCCCUAGUGGGGAACGCUGAGAAUGACAGCACAUAUACAACUGAACAUCUUAGACUUAGUCAGAAUAAAUUGCACUUUUGCAACAUUAGCGAUGAUAAAUAUGCAACUACUGUUAGACUUAGACUUAAUUAGUGUUUUGCUUGUUCACAUCUAGGGAUAGAGUGCCCUGAUACUCUAGACAGUCCAGUGCAAGAGGCACCGAGACUCACCCCAAACCAAGUGUUUUGGGAAAUCUCCCACAAUGCCUUGAGAACCAUCAACAAGAUUUGAAAAGUACAACAACAACUCAUAUCACAGUUUAAUGCUGGGUCCUCUUGAUUUCUGAUCAGCAUUUUUAAAUGUCCGGAAAUGUCACUGAUGAUGUACCAAUCUCUGUGGAAAAUCAAGAAUUUGAAACAGAAAAUCUAGGUUUUUUCUAAAACUUCCUCCACUGCUCCCCUCAGCUGAAUACAGGCGAACUGGCUGGAAAUGCCUCGGCAGCCCUCACAGGGUUGCCAGGUCUGUGUAACAAGUUUUUAGUUGCAUUUGAGUGUAGAUAAAGUAGUUAGUUCUGCUACAGAUAUUAAAUACCUAUCUACUCGCAACAGUACGUAAAAAGUAGCCCAGUUCCGCAGAAAAGCCGCAGACCUGGCAACCCUGAGCCAACUUGGUAUUCAGCCGCCCAUUUAAGCGCUUGUGUAAGAUCGCCUUCUCAUCCUGAUAUACAAGUCAUCAAAAUAUUUUUCUCUCUGCUCCCUGCAUAAAUGUUGCAGGGGAAAAAAAAACAUUAAAAACUGUAAAUCUGAGAUUUUAUUUCUAGGCCAAAGUGUCCAGCCCCAGGAUGACAUAUCAGAAACUUGAAGCAUUGUCCCAGCACAUCUUGAGAACACUUCCUUGGUCCUGGCACGGAUGUUAGAGCAGGGCUACAGCCUGGUAGGAUUGCUCAUGCAGGUGCACGAGCACAGGUAGACAGGCAGGGUAUUUCCCGCAGCCUCACGAUUCGACACACAUCAUGUUUUUGGGGGUAAUAAACAUGAAAUAAUGACCAUGUCCUUCAUUUAAUUCACUACAGCAGCUGCUCUUUAUUCUACAGCAGGGGUGUGAAACUCAAGGCCUGGGGGCCAAAUCCGGCCUCUGGCACAGUUAUACCCAGCCUGCAAAAUCAUUAAUAUUUUUAUUAUAACUGGCCCACCAGAAUGAGGUCCGCAGAUUUCCUCCAGUAUAAAAAUGUAAACUUAACCUCAAUUAUUAAAAUACUAUAUACUAUAAAUAUCAUCUAACAUUUGACCUUUAUGAUUCACAAUUUCAAAUUUUAAGUCAUAUUUUAAACUUUUAAACUACUGAUUCUGAAUUUUAUCUCAUAUUUUGACAGUUAACACUCAC